GAGAGAAAGACAGAGAAACGGUAGGACAGUGAAAUCAAGAUGGCGUCGCGUGUAUGGUGCCGAUGAUCGCAGUGCUCGUACGUUGAUAGAGAUUACAAUCAUUUUAGACGUACUAUUGGGCGCCAUGUCGGGAAAUCCGCGGGACAUGGACGAUUUUAUGCCGUUACUGUCCACGACGGAUAUAAAGAAAAAACUUUCGGUCGGUGAUUUGAUACUGAACUACCUGGGUGACCCGGAUAAAAGCAUCGAAUGUGAAGACAUCGGACUCUUCAUCGACAACGUGAUACCAUGGCUAACCAACGGCAAUCCGAAGGUCGUUCAAAAUGGAUUGGAGAUCCUUACGUACCUCGCCGAUCGGAUGGGUCAUGAUUUCAAGCCUUAUAUUCUUACUGUAAUACAGCCAAUGAUAGAUAGGCUAGGUGAUAGCAAAGAUGCGACCAGAGAAAAGGCACAUUUGGUCCUUCUUAAAAUCCUGGAGAAAGGUUGUUUGACACCCCAACAAUUAUUGGACAAAUUUCGUCCCGCUUUCACCCAUAAAAAUGCAAAAUUAAGAGAGGAAGCACUGGUCUUGUUAACGACGACAUUAAACGAGCAUGGCGCAGACGAGAUGGCUCUAUCCGGUGUUAUUCCCAAUAUCGUCAAAUUACUCUCGGAUCCGUCCGAAAAAGUUCGUGAAACUGCAUUGAACACAUUAACGGACAUGUACAGGCAUGUUGGCGAGAGAUUGCGCGUCGACUUGCAGAGGAAGCACAAUGUCCCGCAAGCAAAGCUACUAUUGUUGAUCAAAAAGUUCGAUCAAUUGAAAGCAUCUGGCGAUUUGUUACCUCUCGCAAUGUCAUCCGAUGUUGGUAAAGACACAGAUGAGCCUGACAGAGCAAUUAAGUCAGCACCUUCGAAAAGAACUAAUAUACUUCUAAAAAGAAGCCAAUUUGGUCCAGCAAAGACACCAAGUUCUGCGCUAGCUACGCCUGGUAACAUACAUGCAACGGUCCCACGAGCAGCAACCGUCAGUAGGUCUGUGUCACUAAGAUCAACAUCAGGUCAAGCUGGUGCUGUUGAUGAAGAAACAUUCUUAACAUCGUUUGAGGAUGUAUCAUCUGUUAAUUUGUUCUCUGCAAAGGAUUUGGAAGAACAAAUGAAAAUUAUAAGAGAUACAAUUGGAGAUGACAAGAAAGACUGGAAACAAAGAACAGAAAGCCUGAAAAAACUUAGAGCAAUUGUUCUUGCUGGUGGUAUGAACUAUGAGAAUUUUCUGGAUUGUUUGAAAAGUAUACAACGACCGUUUGAAGUAGCAUGUACAGAUCUUAGGUCACAGGUUGUACGAGAAGCUUGUAUUACUUUGGCAUUUCUGAGUCAGCAUUUAAAGACCAAGUUUGCCAGUUUCGGAGAAGCAGUUCUUUCGACUCUAAUGAACCUCAUACAGAAUAGUGCCAAGGUCGUGGCAACAGCAGGGGCUGUGGCUGUUAGAUUUAUCCUUCAACAUACACAUUGCAGUAGAUUCGUCCCGAUUAUUACAUCUUCGCUAAAUAGCAAAAGUAAAGACAUUCGUCGUGCUUCGUGUGAAUAUCUAAACUCGAUUUUACAAACGUGGUCCACUCAAAUAUUGCAAAAGCACGUAAUGAUAUUGCAAGAUGCUAUUAAAAAAGGAAUUGCCGAUUCUGAUUCAGAGGCAAGAGCAUUCGCCCGAAAAUCAUAUUGGGCCUUCAAAGAUCACUUUCCGGAACAAGCAGAAGUACUUCUCAACAGUCUUGAUGCAACCUAUAAGCGUUCACUGAUGUCUCUCAGUAAUAGUGGAAGCAUCAACAGUUUAAAUGUAGUAACGCGAUCAACGAGCGUUAGUCCAAGAGCAUCAAGACCUGCAUUAAGUGCCACAGGUAGUACGGAAAACUUGCAUCAGGCACCAGGCCCACCUCAUGGUCCGCUCAGACGUACUCCGUCGUUACCUCGUUCAUAUCGUCAGUCUGGCAUCCCAAUUCUACAAAGACCCACAGAUAAUCAUUAUCGAGUCACGCCAGGUGUUAGAUCUACUAGUGCGAUAGAUUUACAAGCUGCCCAAAGAGCCAAAGCAAGAAUGACAUAUGCAAAUAUGAGUAGAUACAAAGCUACACUUCCAAGACAUAGUAAAUCGCCUGAUACCGCUGCAGUUGCCAGUCCUGAACGGACAGCUAGAACAAGAACAAGGGUAGCGGGGGUUUCACAAUCGCAACCCAGCAGCAGAUCGGGUUCACCGUCAUCAAGAUUGAGUUAUACAACAUAUAAUCGUGAAGGAGAAUCAUUAAUAGCGAGACCAAGGAAAUUAUCUGGACAUGGAAUUCGAAGUACUGGCAAUAGUCGUGAACCUAGUCCACAGAGAUUUGGAAUGGACAGAAGUUUUGGAUGUAAAAUGCGAGGAAGGAGUUUACAUAUGUCACCAACAGAUAGGCCUCAGUCUAGACCAGUUAUGGCACAGAAGAUGUUACAGCAAUCUCGUGAAGCUGAGUCUGCUUUGGCAGAUGCACUUACCUUCGAUAGCAUUGACAGUUGUUACAAUAGAGCUACAAGAGUUAAAGGCGAACACAGCGAUGACAGCGAAACUAGCAGUAUAUGCUCAGAACGCAGCAUGGACAGUUUCAGGCGACCUAGUGAUUCGUUCUCAUGGAGUGGCUCCCAGCAAAGACUGUACCGUGAUAUCUGGGAUCAGUCUAUCCCAAAGGAUAUUAAAGAAAUAAUUGAAAAUUGUGCUCACAAACAUUGGGGUGACAGGAAGGAAGGUUUAGUUGGAUUACAACACUUCCUUGCAAAUGGGAAUACAUUGACUGCAACCGAAUUGCGCAAAGUUACGGAUAUAUUUACUAAAAUGUUCAUGGAUUCGCAUACAAAAGUGUUUAGCUUAUUUCUGGAUACUUUAAAUGAACUUAUUACAACUCACAAUGAAGAUCUUAGCGAUUGGCUAUACGUUUUAUGUGCGAGACUUUUAAACAAAUUGGGUACAGAUCUAUUAGGAUCCAUCCAAGCUAAAAUUCAUCGAACAUUAGAUUUUGUAAGAGCAUCCUUUCCCGGUGAACAAUUAUUGCCAGCUGUGAUGAGAUAUUUAACCGAUCCGACGCAAACACCAAAUUCUCGUGUAAAAGUUGCAACCCUUACUUUUAUUACACAAAUAGCAGAGACUACGGAGCCCUCUGCGUUAAACAAUUCUGCUGGAACAGCACUAGCUAGAUUGCUUGACUGGACGAACGAUGUCAAAAGUCAAGAUGUUAGAAGGCACGCACAGGAAGCAUUUAUAGCGCUUUACAAUUUAAAUCCCCCACAAGUGACAAUGAUAUUAGCGGAAUUACCGAAAUAUUAUCAAGAAGCUGCAUUACCCUUAGUCCAAAAUCAUUUAAGAAGGUCAUCGGGAUCGAGUAAUCCAGCUUCUCCUGGUACACCACCACCACGAGCACAACACUCUCCUGCACGUAAUAAGAAGAACGACGUUGAUACGGCUGAUGACAAUUUAGAAGAAGUUUAUAAAACCUCUUCCUACAGAUCAUUACGACGUACAACGGCGGAGAUUCAAAAUUAUGGAUUUGAGCGUUUAGAAAGAGCUACAACUAGCAAAGAUAGUGGUAUUAGUAAUAUGGCUGAUUUAGAAGAAAGAAUAGAAGGUCUAACGUUAUCUAAUUCGGGAAGGUCUUCUUCUGUAUCAUCACCAACGCAAAGAGGACGAUCGGUUACGAAUAUAACAGUAAAUGGUUCUAGUGAUACAAUUGCUGGAGAUCUUAUAUUACCUCAAGAAAAUAAUGGUUAUAAAACUCAUGGAUCAUCCCCCGACUCAACCAAGAGACCAGAAGUAUUAGAUAAUAUGAUUAAGACGUUACAAUCAAAAUUGACGCAAACUUCAGAAAAGGUAGCAGCUUUGCAGGAGUUUCAGUUAUACGUUAGAGAAGGAGAUGCCACAUAUGUCAAACAAAAUUUCAAAAAACUUCUCAAGACAUUAUUAGAUAGGGUAAAUAGCGAUAGUCAACAGUUACAAAUAGAAGUACUUCAGACGUUAAUUGAUAUGCUCAAAUGUCCAGAACUCUUGGAAAGUUUUUCUGUUUUUCCUGAAUUGUUAGUAUUGAAAGUGAUCACUGCCCACAAGUUUGAUGAUCAAAAAGCCGAUGGUAGUUCCAGCGGGGAGAGUGUUAGAGCGCCGGUAAGGAUGUCAGAGGCACAGGUUCUUCGGACAGCGGAGAAGUGUGCCGCGACAAUUGCCACGGUUCUUAGACCGGAACAAAUUAUUCUCGUUGUAUCAACUAUAAUAACAACCGAACCAUAUCCCUUAAAUAUGGGUGCGAUUAAAAUGCUUCACAAAAUAGUCGAACAUUGGGGACGCGAAGCUAUAGAACCUCAUCUAUCGAAAAUUAUGCCAGGACUUAUUAAGGCAUACGACGAUGUCGAAAGUACGGUUCGUAAAAGUGCAGUUUUUUGUAUGGUUGCAAUACAUGCAGCAGUUGGCGAAGAAGUCUUAAAACCUCAUUUGAGUUCUCUAUAUGCAAGUAAAUUAAAGCUUUUGUAUAUUUACAUACAACGUGCACAGCAAACGAACAGUCAACCGGCAAGUCCACGUAGCAACAGCAAGAAUUAACUAACAACUAAUUCUGCGACAUUAAGAAUCGCAAUACUAAGAAGAUUCGCGCGUCUAAGUGCAAGACACGAACGAAUGUUGGUUAGCUUUCUCAGCAAAUCGAGUCCGUGAACGUUGAGAAAGAAGAAUCGUCGUCGGUACGAGUACGUUGUGCCUCCUGACAGUGAUGUUACACGCGAGGGCGAAUGAUUACUACAUAUGAUUUCGAAAAUGAAAAAAAAAAAAAAA